CUGUCAAAGCGAUGAGCGCUGGGCUCUAACUGGGAAUACACCCAUACGGUGACGUCACGGGGCUCUGACAAGCUGGUGGUGCCGGAAGAAAAGAUGGCGGAUCAUGAGGAGCAGCUAUCCGACGAGGAAAAGGUACGCAUAGCAGCUAACUUCGUUAUCCAUGCCCCACCAGGAGAGUUCAACGAAGUUUUUAAUGAUGUGCGAUUGCUGCUCAACAAUGACAAUCUUCUCAGGGAGGGUGCAGCACAUGCAUUUGCACAGUACAACUUGGACCAGUUUACCCCCGUAAAAAUCGAGGGCUAUGAAGAACAGGUCUUAAUCACAGAGCACGGUGACCUCGGGAACGGCCGGGUGUUGGACCCUAAGAAUAAGAUCUCCUUCAAGUUCGACCACCUGAGGAAGGAGGCCAGCGACCCGCGGCCCCAUGAUGUUGACAGCUCCCUGGAAGGUUGGAGGAGUGCCGUGGACUCUGCUGUGAGGGCAUACGUCAAGGAGCACUAUCCCAGUGGAGUCUGCACUAUUUACGGGAAAACCAUUGACGGACAUCAAACUAUCAUCGUGUGCAUCGAGUGCCAUCAGUUUCAACCCAAAAACUUCUGGAACGGACGCUGGAGGUCAGAAUGGAAAUUCACCAUCUCCCCCUCCACCACUCAGGUGGCAGGAAUCAUGAAAAUCCAGGUUCAUUACUAUGAGGAUGGAAAUGUUCAGCUGGUGAGCCACAAAGAGGUUCAGGAGUCCAUGUCGAUUUCUAACGAGGCUUCGACCGCUAAGGAGUUUGUUAAGGUCAUGGAGGCUGCAGAGAACGACUAUCAGACGGCCAUCAGCGAGAAUUACCAGACCAUGUCGGACACUACCUUCAAAGCCUUACGCCGCCAGCUUCCUGUGACACGCACCAAGAUCGAUUGGAACAAGAUCCUGAGCUACAAGAUUGGGAAAGAGAUGCAGAACGCUUAAAAGCAACACAGAAGAUAAUAGACAGAUCCCCCAUCCCCUCCCAAACAAUGUUGCAUGACUGGAUAGUUGUAUCGUCUUUGUACAAAAAUUAGAGAAAACGGGCAAAGGAAGGUUUGGUCUCACAGCCAGGCAUCACCUCACACAUUGGAUGACCACCUUUCCUUACACAAACUGUUGACCCCUCUGUAUUUUGGAUCUAUGAUGAUAAAGGUUAUUGUAUUUGGGAAAAUAUAACUUGAGGAGUCAUAGAAAGACAUAGGAAAA